AUGACUAACUGCACAUCUCUAAUUCCUAUUAUAUUUUAAAUACAAAUAUUAAGAUUAAAUAAUGAAUAUUAAAUUAAAUUGUAUGUGAUAUCUCUUCAUAAAACCAAAUUUAUAAUUUAAUAUUUAUUAAUUAAUUAUUAUAUUAUAUUUUUUCUUUUUGUCCAUUUAUAAUUAAUUAAUUAAAUUCCAUAAAUUGCUUGCUAUUCGGUAUUUUUGAAAAAAAAAUAAAUGAUAUAAUAGAUUAAACAUUACAAAAGAUUAGAUGAAUUUUUAAGCUCUUCACUUUCAUCUCAUUAGGUUCUCCAUAUUGGUUUUGAAAAAUAAAUUGGCGCAAUUGGUGCAUCAAGUUUAGGUUCUGGUUUAGCAAAGUGCUUUAAUCUCUCAAAUCUGACACUUAACAUUGAUUUUAAUUAAAUUGGAGACGAAGGAGCAUAAGGCUUAGGUUCUGGUUUAGCAAAUUGCAUUAAUCUUUCAAAUUUAACACUUAACCUUGAUAAAAACUUAAUUGGCGACGAAGGAGCAUUAGGCUUAGGUUCUGGUUUAGCAAAGUGCAUUAAUCUCUCAAAUUUGACACUUUAUCUAUUUGACAAUUAAAUUGGUGCAAUUGGUGCAUCAGGCUUAGGUUCUGGUUUAGCAAAGUGCAUUAAUCUCUCAAAUUUGACACUUAAUUUUGAAAGCAAUUAAAUUGGUGGCUAAGGUGCAUCAGGCUUAGGUUCUGGUUUAGCAAAGUGCAUUAAUCUCUCAAAUUUGACACUUUAUCUAUAUGACAAUUAAAUUGGUGACGAAGGUUCAUCAGGCUUAGGUUUUGGUUUAACAAAGUGCAUUAAUCUCUCAAAUUUGACUCUUAGCCUAAGUAAAAACUAAAUUGGUAUUGAAGGUGCAUCAGAAUUAGGUUUUGGUUUAGCAUAGUGUAUUAAUCUCUCAAAUUUGACACUUUAUCUUUUUUAAAACUAAUUGGAUGAAUCAUAAAAAUUGAAAGUAAUAAGCAAGUGUCUUAAAUCAAAAAGAUUAGUUGUCUUUAUAAAAAUAUUCUACUGA